AUGUUCAGCAAGACCAUUCUCGCUUCGGCCGCCUUCGCUGCGCUUGCUGCGGCAGCACCUGCACCACAAGUGCCUGGAUACACAGGCGCCGAUGCCCCGUACGCGGACUCGACUGGCAACGGCAUCUACCCUCUCGCCACCACCUUCGGUCCCGACACGACUGUCCCUGCCACAUCGGUGUCGACCGGCGGUCCUCCCAAUGUGAGCGAAGGGCCUCUGACUGGUCCUACCAGCCAUGGCCCAUUCUCAGGCACUCCCACCACAACAGGCGCAGUGACGGCGCCCUCUACCCUCGCCGCUUCCAUUCCUGCCUUGCCGCCAAACCCUACGGCGACAUACUACAACGCGAACGGCACGCUCCUAAACCCCGCGCCGGCUCCUUACACACCCGCCGGUGGCCUGGGCACCAAUGGCACCGAGCCGCGAUACAUGGUCAACAGCGACUUCGAUUUCGAGUCAAUAGCACUUGCACUUUACCAGGAGUGGAUCGAGCUUGACCUCUUCCACAACGGUCCUGCUACUUUCUCCGAGGAGGACUUCCUCGAGGCUGGUCUCACUGCCGAAGACCGUGACUACAUCUCGUUCAUGGCUAACCAGGAGGUCGGCCACGCGACGCUGCUGACGAACAUGCUUGGCGAGGCAGCGCCCAUCCAGUGCACGUACAACUACCCCUACUCGACCGUGCGCGAGUACAUCGACUUCAACCAGAAGCUGACCAAGUGGGGCGAGGCCGGCGUGUUCGGUUUCCUCAACCACCUCGACGCCCGUGAGGUCGGUCAGAUGCUCACACAGUCCAUUGCGGUAGAGUCUCGGCAGCAGAUGUCUUUCCGCCAGAUGCUCGGCCAGCCGCCAAUGCCCGUCUGGUUUGAGACCGGUAUCCCGCAGUCAUGGGCAUGGACGUACCUUGCGCCGUAUAUCUCUGAAUGCCCGGCCAACAUCACCCGCCUUGCAUGGCAGAACUUCCCGGCAUUGCACGUCGUCAACCAGCCUAACCCGAACCGCAUCUCGCCUAAUAACACCGCCGACUAUGAGGUUGUUGGCAACCGCACCGGUGACCCAAGCAUCAGCGAGAUCCCGAACGAGGAGUCUUGCGUGAACCUCAACGUUACUGGAUCAGGAUGUGGCCCUGCCAUCGCCCGCAACCGCUCCGAGCCGCUGUCCUUCCCCGGCAGACAGGUGCGCUUCACGUGGGAUGCACCUGGCCAGGCCGUCGGACCCAACAACAGCUAUGUGACAUCCACGUCUGCAGGCGCACCUGCCUUCGUCGCCUGGGUCUCUCAGCUCAACCUCACGUACACCCCGCUGCACCACACCGGCAACAACUCGGGCUUCACCUACCAGCCCGGCGGGCAUGUUUACCAGAACGACCCGGCCGUCAACGACACCAUGUUUGUUGCGCUGACCGACUCGGAUCUCUAUCUUACGCCGUUUAACCUAUCCAUGAUCAACCCGCACGUUGUUGCGCUUGGGCUCUACACCGCUGGUUAA